GAGGGAAAGAGACGUUGAGAAGAGGAUGGUCGUUUUACAUUAGGACCGUUGGUGAAGAAAAUUAUAAAAGAAGACGACAAAACUAGAACAAAACCCAUACCUACUAACACAUGAAGGGAAAUAACGAUUUUAUUUUAUAAGAGAGUUGUUAUAAUUUUGUUAAGACUUAGUAAAGACUGAAACUACCGUCUCAUAGUGGAGGUAUUUGACAGACUUGAGGUUAGCCUAGCAUCGUGUAACACCGAGAGAUAAUUGCUUGGGAAAGCAUAACGAGUUCAUGUUCCCAUGGUAUAUCGGUUACGGCUAAGGAGUACUGUCUGCAUUGAUAGCGGUGCUUGCUGUGGAUUUUGUGAGGAAACCUGCAAGGAACUGCCAUACUUCCCUGAAGGAAUAUCUACAAGUAACAGAGUGCAAUAAAACAGCAGCCUUUUUAAAAGCUUCUCAACAUCGGGCAUGAAUGAUGUAACUUUAAUCUUCACGCAGGACUGCAAGCUCUCAUCUGAGGCGGGUGCUGUAUUUGCUCGCACAGCCACCUGUCUGGCACUACGCCGAGCUGAAAGAAACGUGUGUCGCAGGCUAUGACGGCUAUCAGGAGAGCUACCCAAUCCCAGAGGGCCAUCGGGGCUUCAUCAGUGAUGCCAGACUUCUGCAGAUGCAGAGAGCUGAGAGAGAGGCCAUGGAAGGAAAGCAAAGAAAGAUAAGUGCUAUCCAUGAGAAUUAUGUCCGGACUACUCUCAUCGGGGUUGGCAGCACCUUCGCGCACCACUUCGUCCCCUCUAUUCAGUGCAUUCCGCGGCCGAAAGCUCCACCGAGGCCUUUGCCACGAAGGCUUGAACACAUAGCUCUGGCCCCACUGAAGAACGUGGUGGGGGUGGACGGAGCCGAAGUUGGACCCGGAUCUCACUCUCUGGAGUCCAUCCAGGUAAAUAAGUCAUUCAGCAGCAGUAGCGUGCGGCCUGUUCCCGUCCCUCCCACUGGAGCUCCCUCCAAGAGGGGCAAGAAGAAGAAGGGCAGGCGGGGAGUCAAAGCCCUGAAAGUCCAGUUGGACCAGGGCUGUCCUGACAACAAUGGACCCAUUGACCUGAUGGAGGAGGUGAGGGACAUCGAGGCUCACCUGAAGGAGGAGGCCUGGAAGGUGGUACAUGAGGUGAAGGCCAUGAGCAGAAGAAGUUUGGGCUCGGCCAUGUCCAUGGGGGAAAUAGCCACCAGCUCCUUGGGAAGCCUGAGCUCAGUGGAUAUGAACACCCCUGCGGAGCUCCGUGACUACUUGGAUGUUGGGACCCCGGUCAAGUCGCGUGACAGCCCACCCAGGCCUGCUCCCCCUCCUACCAAGCCCAGGAGCAAACUGCCUCGGCCUAUAAGGUUCCUUAGCCUGCCAAAGGCUGCCACCGGCUCAGUUCACAGAGAGAUAGAUGUCUGCUGUCAACCCAUAGACAAGAAGGCAGCCAGUGAGCCAAAGGGCCAAAUAAAGAAAAGUCAGGACCAGGCCAGGUUGCAGCCCCUGUCCAACCCAGAGCAGGCCCUGACUAAGACCUUCAAGCUGCUCCACUCUGCCUCUGAUGACUGGGAGAAGAAGAUCGAGGGCUUGACCUCUCUCCGUGUGAUGGCUCAGAACCACAUGGACAUACUGAUGCCUAAACUCCAUGAUAUCUGCCUUGCCAUUAUAAAUGAGGUGAAGAACCUGCGCUCUGCAGUGUCCUGUGCUGCCAUGGCCACACUGGGUGACAUGUACGUCCACCUCCAGAGGGCCAUGGACAGUGAGGUGGAGGGGACGGCACGCGUGCUGCUGCACAAAGCCAGCGAGGCCAACACCUUCAUCCGGCAGGGCGCCAACUGUGCCCUGGGUCACAUGGUGCAGAGCUGCACCCCUACCCGUGUCAUGAAUGCCCUGCUGGUCGGUGGGCUGAGCCACCGUAACGCUGCGGUGAGGAGCUGCACUGCUCAGCACCUGGAGAGACUGGCUGAGGUCAUGGGGAUGGCUCGUCUCCUGUCGGGGAAGAAAGACCUCACUGACCGUUUCUUGAUUGCCGUCAGUAAACUGGCUGUGGACCCUGCACAGGAAGUCAGGCAUCAUGGUCGCAAUAUCUUGAGAAACGUGGCCACCAAUGGCGACUUUGCUAAAAUGUGGGACAAAUUCGCUCCGAGGAAAGAGCGAGAAUCCUUGAGGGAGGUCAUCUCAAAGGUUAACCUCAAAGAAAGGUACAUUCUCUCUGGAUGAUUAGAAGAAGUAUGACAAAUGAGCUGAUAUGAUUACAGAACUCCAAUCCCACUGAGCACAGACAUCAGUUCAAUGUCUAGUUUUGAUUUAAAUUUGGGAAAUCAACCAAUGUGAAAUUAACCAAAAAUGUUGGUUAAAAGUUGGGUGAAGAAAAUCCAAUUGUGUUUUCCACAUUGAUUCACCGUCAUACAUAGAUUUUUUUGGUUCAACCAGUUUUGGCCCAAUGGGAUAAAUUUAAUAUACUGUAAGAUUAUAUCUUUUUGUCUUUUCUCUUUUUCAACAGGAAUAUCUGAAUAAUCCCCAACUUGACUAUAUGUUUGUAUCUAAAUAUUUGCACAUUUCCCAACUUGACUAUUACCCCCUCCAGUCCACAAACUCUAAUAUUUUUGCUCAUUCUAAGAAAUUUGACACUAUCAUCCAAACCCCCAUGUAAAUGCAUCUUUAAGCUGCAUCGACUCCCUGUCCAUGUCCUGAAUUCACUAUAAGGCAAUAUGAACCACAUUCAAAGCACUAAAUGACCUUUCCUCGAAGCUCCUAUCUGAUCUACCAGCUCAAUAGUGGUCUACUGAAACCAUACUCACCAUCUCAGGGGGUGCUCAGAUCAUCAACCACUGACCUCCACACCAUCCUCAAAACCAGCAGUCCUCUUUUGGAGGCAGAUUGGUCAGUGCUCCUGUAUGGCACCAACAUUGUGGAUUUUCAUCCAAUGCUUCUGGACUAUGAGAACAUUCUUUGGACAAUAAAAUUAGGUAAAAUGGAA